CAGCAGCCUAGCCUCAAACUCACUCUGUUGUUCUCAAAACCCUAAUUAUUCGUAACGUAGGGUUUUGCAGAGCCUCCUUCGUCUCUAAUCUCUUCCUCUCCAACGCGGCUUCUUCUUUCGUUUCGAGAUGGGCAAGUCAAGCAAGAACUCAGCUCUCAAGGUUGAUGCUGCUCCAGCUGUGGUUCCCCUGUCGAAGUCUGCCAAGAAGGGUGGCAAGAGGCAAGCUGAAGAAAAAAUUCAGAAGCAAGUAAGUGCUAAAAAGCAGAGGACAGAGGAGGUUGCUCAGAAGCAGAAGAAGGAAGCCAAGGUGCAAAAGAAGGAAACUAGUUCAGAUGAUUCUUCUUCAGAAUCUGAAGAUGAGAAACCUGCAUCCAAACCUGUUGUUAUUUCAAAGAAGAUACCUGCUAAGAAUGGUGCUGCAAAAGCACCAGCAAAAAAAGGCAAGCCAUUGUCCAGUUCUUCUGAAUCAUCUGAUGAUGACUCCUCUGAUGAGGAUGAAGUGAUUGCAAAGAAGCCACUGAAAGAAGUGGUUUCAGGGAAACAAAAGAAGGAAGCAUUGGUGCAAAAGAAUAAGAACGAAAGUAGUUCAGAUGAUUCUUCUUCAGAAUCUGAAGAUGAGAAACCUGCAGCAAAAGCUCCUCUACCUUCUAAGAAAAUACCUGUGAAAAAUGGAAAUAUAAGUAGCUCUGCUAAGAUAGCCAAGCCAGCUAGCAGCUCUAGUUCUGAAUCAUCUGAAGAUUCUUCAUCGGAAUCCGAAGACGAGAAACCUGCGACCAAAGUUGCUGUUCCUUCACAAAAUCAGUCUGCAAAAAAUGGUGGUACCCUAGCAAAGAAAGGCAAGCCAGCUGCCAAUUCAACCACUUCUGAAUCAUCUGAUGACGACUCUGAUGAAGAUGAGGCCCCAAAAUCCAAGGUGGUUCCUGCACUAGCCAAGAAUGGACUUGCUUCCACAAAGAAACCUGAUAGCUCAGACUCAGACUCUGAUAGUAGUUCUGAUGAGGAUGAUAAUAAAAAAAAACCAGCAACUUCAAAGCUGCCUGCACCAUCAGUUACUCCAACUAAGAAAGUGGAAAGCUCAGAUGAUGAAUCUAGUGAUAGCUCUGAUGAAGAUGAUGAUGCAAACCCUGCAGUAGCUGUUGUGUCAAAACCUUCUGCUGCUGCAAAAAAGAAUGUUGACAGCUCUGAUUCUGAUGAUAGCAGCUCUGGUGAUGACAAUAAAAAGGAUGUUAAAACUGUUUCUAUUGCCAAGCCAGUGCCUGUUUCUAAGCAGCAUGUGAAGAAGUCAAGUAGUAGUGAUUCAGAUGAAGAGGACUCUUCUGAUAGCGACUCUGAGGAUGAAAAGAAGAAUGUUAAAGUUUCUAAUGUUAACAAGGAAGCAGCACCUGUUGUGAAGACACCUAAAAAUGUGUCUAGUGAAGAUUCAUCAGAGAGUGAUUCUUCAGACGAUGAGGGGAAGAUGGAUGUUGACAAGGAUGGUAGUUCUGAUGAAAGUGAGGAGCCAAAAAAGAAAAAGACUGUGAAAGAUUCAAAAGAAAGCAUUGAUAGUUCUGAUGAUAGUGAGGAGGAAAGUGAGGAUGAACCCUCCAAAACUCCUCUGAAAAGUGCAAGGGAUGUCGAGAUGAUUGAUGCUGCCACUCCUAAAACCCCAGCUACACCAAAAGAUGAAAGUGGUGCUUCGAAAACACUAUUUGUUGGAAACUUGCCAUUCAGUGUUGAACGAGCUGAUGUGGAAAAUUUCUUCAAAGAUUGUGGAGAAGUUGUUGAUGUUCGUUUCGCUUCAGAUAGUGAUGGGAGGUUUAAAGGGUUUGCACAUGUUGAGUUUGCAACAGCAGAUGCUGCUCAGAAUGCCCUUGCGUUGAAUGGCUACGAAUUGUUUAAUCGUGCACUUCGGCUUGAUUUAGCUAGGGAAAGGGGAGCACAAACCCCCAACAGCAGCAACUGGAACAAUUCAUCCCAGAAAAGUGGAGGUCAGUCACAGACUGUAUUUGUGAGGGGUUUUGAUAAGUCCCUUGAUGAAGAUGAGUUAAGAGCUAGUUUGCAAGAACAUUUUGGUUCUUGUGGGGAUAUUAAAAGGGUAUCCAUUCCAAAAGAUUACGACUCUGGUGCUUUUAAGGGGUUUGCUUACGUGGAAUUCAGUGAUGCUGAUGCCACUAGCAAAGCUCUAGAACUUCAUGAAACUGAACUGGGAGGUUAUACCUUGUCAGUGGAUGAGGCAAAAUCCAGAGAUAAUCAAGGAUCUGGUGGUAGAGGUGCAGGUGGUAGGAGUGGUGGCCGAUUUGGUGGAAGGGGUGGUCGAUUUGGUGGAGGCAGUGGUGGGCGAUUUGGUGGUGGCGGUGGAAGGGGUGGUGGAGGAAGAGGUGGUCGAGGAAGAGGUGGUGGCGGAAGGGGCCGUGGAACCCCAUAUAACAGACCUAAUCUUGCUGCGGAAGGCACAGGGAAGAAAACCAAAUUUGCUGAUGAUUAGAGUGGCAGUCUUGCAGUUAUACUGAAAAAGAUUAUUAUUUUCUUUUCGCAUUUCGCUAGUUUUGGCUCCUCAGUUUUGUUUAAUGUUAGUAAGAAUUCGUAGAAUUCAGUUGUAUUGGAAAUUUUUUGUGAUCGAUGAUACAGUGUCUUAUCUUAUGGAUUAUAUAAUUAUAUAGUAUUUGUGGCUCUAGA